AUGGAGUCGACGGCGCCCGCCUGCUGCGAGAUCGCGCGCCUGCCGGAUGACCUCCUGUCGGCGACGCUCGCCCGGACCGGGCCGCGGGAAGCCUGCCGCGCCGCCGCGGUAUCGCCGGCCUUCCGCGCCGCGGCCGACGCCGACGUCGUCUGGUCCAGCUUCCUGCCGCGCGACCUGCCCCCGGUCGCCGACGGGGAGCUGGAGCUACCCGCCGAUCUGCAGUCCACCAAGAAGCAGCUCUUCAUGCGACUCUCGGACCCCGGCAGCCCCGUCCUCCUCGCCGACCGCCUCACGGUAAUCGCCAAUCGGACUCCGCUCCUGUUUACGGCGACCGGCGCCAGGUGCUACAUGCUGUCCGCCAGGAAGCUGGGCAUUGCUUGGGGCGAUACGCCGCGGUACUGGCGCUGGAUCCCCAUCAACCUCUACAGGUUCUCGGAAGCUGCUGAACUCCAGUAUGUCUGGUGGCUGGAAAUACGUGGCAACAUCCACAGCAAGAUGCUCUCCCAACACACAACAUAUAGUGCUUACAUCGUGUUCAGAGUAGCUGAAGGGCGCCGCGGGCUUCAUUUCCCAUGCCUGGAGACGUCUGUCAGCCUCGAAGGAAACAGCAGCAGGUCGACGCGCCGCGUUUGUCUCGACGAUGGCCACGAUCGCGUGGAUACUUGGCCGUCGAUGCGUGGCGACAUUCCUCAAGAAGACGCACUCUUUCCUCGAGAGAGAGGUGAUGGUUGGAUGGAGGUGGAGGUAGGUGAGUUCCGCAACGGUGAAGGCGACGAUGGUGAGGUUUCCAUCGGCCUUAUGGAGACGUCGGUCGUGAAGAGGGGCCUUGUUGUCCUGGGCAUUGAGAUUAGACCCAAGGAGCAAGUGGUUUGA